AAAAACGAAAUCAUUUCACCCGAAUCGGCUCGACAACCUGUGUACACCAGCCUGUCUGAUAGCCAUUUCCCCAACACAGCCGGUCGGAAGAGAGAAAGAAAGCUGAAGGAAUGCCAAGCAGCACUAUGACCCAGAGGACGCGCUUUGUCCUGCGUCGGGACUCGAAGCUGAAGGACUGGUUCAGUUUGGUCAGACUCCGUCUCCGUGUGGGAGGCAUGUUAUAAAACAAUGCGAAUAUGCGGACCGGAGACAUUUCUCUCCAAGCUGUGCUCCCUCCUGGUGCCUUUCGAGCCCGAAGCGUGACUGCACCUGAGCCGAGGCAGUGGGAGCCGCUCCGAGAAACCAUGGGAAACAUCUCCAAAAGCCAAACAAAUCAAGAAACCUGAACCUGAUGGAGCCUGAGCUUCGUCAGUAUCUAACAUAAACAUUCCAGAUGAAGUAUUUUUAUCCGGACGUGGCAAAACAAUCAUUAUCUCGGUUAAAUAAAAGAAAAGCCCAGGGUGAAGAGUUGGCAGGUAAAAAGUCAAUGGCAGCAAUUGUCUUGAAGUAAGAUGUGAAUGAUGGAACCAGCAAUGAUGAAUUUGAAUAUGAAGAAGUUUAAAUCCUAAAUCAGAUUCCUGGGCUGUCCUGCAGCCGUAACGACUCUUUGGGAAAGAUGAGGUGCUGCACAUCCUAGCGACUGCGAACACACUUCGUGCAGUGAAUCUGAAGCGCCGGCACUUCGUUCCCAGCCUCGAAGGGGCAGCCAGCAAUCGUGCCUGAGCGGACCGACGGCUCGGAUCUGGACGAGUAAUGCACGUGUGGCGCGAGCGGCGCCGGUUACUGUUUGGCUUCGGUGGUGUGCCUUCCAGGAAAGAUGAUGAACCAAUCCGCCGAAUGCCUGGCGCCAAACAGCGUGGAGCUGCUAGCCAACUCGAAGCAUGUAAACUGCAGCACCAAAGUGAACUCUCCUGGCGGGGCUGGCAUCACAGCUUGGGGGAUCGCUGCCUCGGUUUUCCUGUGCCUCAUCACCCUGGCGACGGUGCUGUCCAAUGGGUUUGUUAUAGCCACCAUCUACCAAGCUAGGAAGCUGCACACUCCUGCCAAUAUUCUGAUCGCCUCGCUGGCCGUCACUGACCUCCUGGUCUCCAUUCUGGUCAUGCCCCUCAGUAUUGUUUACACUGUCAGUGGGACAUGGAGCCUGGGGCAGGUUGUAUGUGACAUUUGGCUAUCCUCAGAUAUUACCUGUUGCACCGCCUCUAUCCUCCAUUUAUGUGUGAUCGCUUUGGACCGAUACUGGGCUAUCACGGACGCGGUUGAGUACUCGAUGAAGAGAACACCGGAAAGAGCCGCUGGGAUGAUAGUCACUGUCUGGGUCAUUUCUAUUUGCAUCUCCAUCCCCCCUCUGUUCUGGAGGCAAGCCAAAGCGGGAGAGCUCAUGCACUGCGCUGUCAACACUGACCAGAUCUUCUACACCAUCUACUCAACUUUCGGAGCCUUUUACAUCCCCACGCUACUGUUGAUUGCCCUAUAUGGGCGAAUCUAUGUGGAAGCCAGGUCCCGGAUCCUAAAACAGACACCAAAGCAGACCGGCAAACGCCCGACCAAGGCUCAGCUGGUCACCCACUCCUCGGGAUUUACUUCUCUUUCCUCCGUCACCUCCCGGGUGAACGAGUUUCCCACCGAGACCGGUUCCCCGGUUAACCUCAACCACGUCAAAGUCAAGGUUUCCGAAGUGUUGUUGGAAAAGAAGCGGAUGUCGGCGGCUAGGGAGAGGAAGGCAACCAAAACCUUAGGGAUAAUCCUUGGAGCCUUCAUUGUGUGCUGGCUGCCCUUCUUUAUCAUCACCCUGGUUUUACCCAUCUGCAAGGAGGCGUGCUGGUUCCACCAUGCCAUUUUCGAUUUCUUCAACUGGUUGGGCUAUCUCAAUUCCCUCAUCAAUCCCAUUAUAUACACCAUGUCCAAUGAGGAUUUCAAGCAGGCUUUCCACAAACUCAUUCGCUGCCGGUGACUGCAUUCUGACAUACUUGUACAAGUCAGGCGAGCCCAACGCCACCAUCCCCCAGUCUCUCCUCACUGUUGUGUUUCCGAACGCUACCCAAAAGGAUGUGUGCUCGCUCUCGCGCAUCUGGAGCGUUUCACUUGGCAUUUUGUUCAGCGGAAAAAAAGCGAAGACGCAGCGUGUAACUUGCCGUUGAUCUCAAAAUAAAUUGGUCGAGUGCAUCGCAGUUUUCUUGACCUCAAUCAGAUUGACGCUAUCAAAAGUUAAAAGACAGAAACCCUUCCCCAUCGCACUCAGCAUUGAAAUCGUUUACAAGGUGGUUAUUUUCGAGAGGCACUUGAUGCGCAUUCAUUUCGGUGAGACGGAUAGCUGGGACAAUCUAGACCUGAAGCACGUGCUAUAUUGGACUAAGCUGAAGGCAAGUUUCUGAGUCUGAUUAUGGAUAGACAUCACCAGUGCCCCGCGCCCCCAAAACUGCUGCAUCUGGAUUGGCUUUGGCCAAGUGAGACAUUGCGCCUCUUCAAAGCUUAGCCCUCUUUUUUAUAACUGAAGUUUUGGUUGUUUGAACAUAUAGAAUUGAAGGCUAACAAAAUAUGUUGCAGCUUAGAAACUCUAUUAAAUUAUUAUUUUCCCGUUUAUAUUGCUUUGAUCGCACAUGCCAACUGAACAGUUUUUCAGUAUUCUGCAGUUAUAAUGCACAUAAUUGAAUGCCAGUGUGUGACAAAUUCCCGAUCCUAAACAUGCUUUAUAAAAGCCGCCUGUAAUCUCAAUGUGAUCAGAGAUAAUGGAAUCUCAAUGUGUUGUUGCUACUUGGUUACUUGUAGUUUCAAGUGGAAAAACGAAACUGAAUUCAACCACAGUA